GCCUCGACCAAUCGUUGAAAUCAAACCUAAUCUCGUUAUGUCAUGGCAUCAAUGGUGGGUGUGAGGAAUAGAAAAGAGGACGUUGCCAAGAACGAAGACACAAGAGAUACUCUCAACUUUCUGCUGUGCAACACGGAGUUAAGAUAAUCACAACUGGAAUAAUAUUCACUUCAAACACUAUUUCCUACUUAUCUGCGGGCCUGACAAACUGCAAAUUCAGGUGGCGGGUUGUAUUUGUUAAGGAAACCUCAACCUUUGGCAUCGUAACUGAACAAGUAGAAACAGCCAUCACCCUGCCAUGCCACGGUCAUUCCUUGUCAAGAGUAAGAGGACUCAUGUACUUGGAUCGUCGAAGGACUCCUUCAGAAGACCACUGGAGACCCGAAGAGAUGCUGACCAGCAUGAUGUGAGGGAGGACAGGAAGCAACCUGAGCAGAAUAGACAGACUUUGUAUUCCACAUUAGAGGUCAAAGACUGCGCACCAUGGGAUGCAGGCUGGUUGCCGAAUGCUUCCACUCAUAAUCACUGUAAUUCAGCCACCAUGGGUAACACAGACAACCCUCAGCCUGCCUGGCCGUGGACAGUGGGCAGACAGCAGACAUCUGAGAGAGAGAGGGAGCUGGAAAGACUGGUCUUCAUGCUACUUAAUCACACAUCACACACCAACCUCAAAUCCCCUGCAUGUCCACUGUGUGAGAAGUCCCUUGCAGAUGUCCUUUUGUCUAAUGGUGGUUUGCAGGCUCAUCUUCUCAGCUCCCUUACUAUACCCGCAUCACCCACAGUGACAGACCUUCCACACAUGCCCUUCACCUUCAGAUCAAUAGACAGCUAUGGUAGAGCCAAGGAACGCAAUUUUGGGUGCAAAGUGUGUGGAAAGGUGUUCAAGCGCUCCUCCACUCUGUCCACACACCUCCUCAUCCACUCUGAUACACGGCCCUAUCCCUGUCAGUACUGUGGCAAAAGGUUCCACCAAAAGUCAGACAUGAAAAAGCACACCUUCAUACACACAGGUGAGAAACCACAUGUGUGCAAGGUAUGUGGUAAAGGAUUCAGCCAGAGCUCCAACCUCAUCACCCACAGCCGAAAGCACAACAGCUACAGGCCGUUCAGCUGCCCCCGCUGUCAGCACAGCUUCCAGCGCAGGACAGACCUACAGCGCCACCAAGAGACUCAGUGCAGCUAUGGAGCCACGUACAUUCCAAACUGAGUCCAUGAGGAACUUGUGUAAAGAUCUAUUUUGUUUAUUACUUUAAAAAGUUCAGCCUUUGUGAAUUAGUUUUGCAAGGAAGAAAUAGCCAGAAAUACUGCAAAGAAACUACCAACAGCCCAGAACUCAUUCACAGAUGAUGUGUAGAUUUGGAUACCAUCCAAUCACAUUGCAAUUUUGAAAAGCUAUUGUUUUCUUAAAAUUGAGUUGUGUGUGUAUGGUUGUACUGCAGGUGCAUGUCUUUCUGUUUGUCGGUCCCAUCAUUAAGUGAAUCAGGCCUCUGUAAUACACUCCAGCUGGACUUCCAACCGAGAUGAUUCUGUUCUAUUCUAAGGAUGCACUUGAACUGUACAUGUAACUCCAGAGUUUACUUUGACCUAAAAAAAUAAAUACUCAGAUUUAACGCAGCAAAAUCACAUAUAAUAACCAUGAACAAAUGAAUGAAAUAACUAACAUUUACCACCUGUUUCGGCAGUUCCUUUCAAUUUUAUUUAGGCCUUUAACAUCUUUUAGCUAGCUUUUUAGGUUUGAUAGCCCAGAGUUUUAAUCUUGUUAUUUUUGAUGAUCACUCCAAUCUCAUCAGACUUAUUUCCAGAAAAUUAGCCAGUUGUUUUAAGGGAAAAAAAUUCUGUCAUUACCUUAUAGUAUUCCACCUUUCAGUUGAUUUAGCAAGUAGCUGGAGAACAUAUCUGAUCACCAAUUUUAAUGUUAAAAAUCAGAAUUUAUUACUUCUUCAGCUGAAAGAAGUGCUGAAUGAGUAUAGUGUCCACUUUCUGAAUAUUGGACUUAACAUCAAGUGGACAGAAAACACACUUUCAUGCUAGAUAAAUGCUAAUUGUGUUUCACACUGUUUGGUCACUCUUGUCACAGCUUUAGCAUAUCACAUAGCAGGCAACUAACUGGGGAACACAGCAGAGCAUUUAGUACUUUUGUAAAUCUAAACACCAACAUUUAGCACUUCUGUAAAAAACUGUUUAAUGAUUUUCAUGUGGACAUACUAUAUAUUAAUUUCAAACAGGUUGGAAAAAAUACACAUUCAUGCUAAAUGCUUUAUGUCCGAUAGCUACAUUUAGCAACCAGGUAAGCCACAACAGCAACACAGGCUGAAAAUGUUCUUCUUGAGGGCCAAGUAAAAAGACAUUUAUUACCACAAUUUUUCUUUAUUUUUUUAAUAUAUAAAAGAAUGAAUUUUUACAGAACAAUUAAUGCUUAUUCACCUUGCUACAUAAACAUGUCUUUUUGGGUCACAUGACUUCACAGUGAACAUUGUAAUACAUCUUAUUGGCCACAUAAACACAACAGAGAUCAUGUACAUGCAGAUAUGUCUCAUGCUGUAUUUUUCCUGCUGACAAACGGAGUUACUGAACAAAUACUGAGUAUGGCUGUGUCACAGUGACUCUUCG